ACCAGGUGCUAAAUACCCAUCUCACUCAGACACCAGUCUAUCUCUCCAAAUCCAUCUGCUGUUGUCCUGACAAGAGUUCAGCUAUGGUCAGCAUCUACAUCCUCCCCUGUGUUCCCUGCAAUUUGGUCCUGCUUCAGCUCAUCUCAGGAUUGUACUUCAAACCAUCUCUGGUCCUGUGGGAGAUAGGCAUGGCCUCACAUGUGCAAGUUUUCUCCCCUCACACCCUUCAAUCAAGUGCCUUCUGUAGUGUGAAGAAACUUAAAGUAGAGCCAAGUUCCAACUGGGACAUGACUGGGUACGGCUCCCACAGCAAAGUGUACAGCCAGAGCAAGAACAUAGCACCUUCUCAGCCAGCCUCCACAACCGUCAGCACCUCCUUGCCAGUCCCAAACCCAAGCCUACCUUACGAGCAGACCAUCAUCUUCCCAGGAAGUACUGGACACAUAGUUGUAACAUCAGCAAGUAGCGCUUCUGUCGCCGGGCAAGUCCUUGGCGGACCACACAACCUAAUGCGUCGAAGCACUGUGAGCCUCCUUGACACCUACCAAAAAUGUGGACUCAAGCGAAAGAGUGAGGAGAUUGAGAACACUAGCAGUGUGCAGAUCAUUGAAGAGCAUCCACCCAUGAUUCAGAAUAAUGCCAGCGGGGCCACUGUAGCCACUGCCACCACAUCCACCGCCACCUCCAAAAACAGCGGCUCCAACAGCGAAGGUGACUAUCAGCUGGUGCAGCAUGAAGUACUGUGCUCCAUGACCAACACCUAUGAGGUUUUAGAGUUUUUGGGCAGAGGGACAUUUGGGCAAGUGGUCAAGUGCUGGAAACGGGGCACCAAUGAAAUUGUAGCCAUUAAGAUCCUAAAGAACCACCCUUCCUAUGCCCGGCAAGGUCAGAUUGAAGUGAGCAUCCUAGCCCGGCUGAGCACAGAGAGUGCUGACGACUACAACUUUGUUCGGGCCUAUGAAUGCUUCCAACACAAGAAUCACACAUGCUUAGUCUUUGAGAUGUUGGAGCAGAACCUCUAUGACUUUCUGAAACAGAACAAGUUUAGCCCCUUGCCCCUCAAAUACAUUCGCCCAGUCCUCCAGCAGGUAGCUACAGCCCUGAUGAAACUAAAAAGCCUGGGUCUUAUCCAUGCUGACCUCAAACCAGAAAACAUCAUGCUGGUAGAUCCAUCCAGACAGCCAUACCGAGUGAAGGUCAUUGACUUUGGUUCAGCCAGUCACGUGUCCAAAGCCGUCUGCUCUACCUACUUGCAAUCUAGAUACUACAGGGCCCCUGAGAUCAUCCUUGGUUUGCCAUUCUGUGAAGCCAUUGACAUGUGGUCCCUUGGAUGUGUCAUUGCUGAAUUGUUCCUGGGCUGGCCAUUAUAUCCAGGAGCUUCUGAAUAUGAUCAGAUUCGGUAUAUUUCACAAACACAGGGUUUGCCAGCUGAAUAUUUAUUAAGUGCAGGGACAAAGACAACUAGGUUUUUCAACCGUGACACAGACUCUCCAUAUCCUUUGUGGAGGCUAAAGACACCAGACGACCAUGAAGCAGAGACUGGGAUUAAGUCAAAAGAAGCAAGAAAGUACAUUUUCAACUGUUUGGAUGAUAUGGCCCAGGUGAACAUGACAACAGAUUUGGAAGGGAGUGACAUGUUGGUAGAGAAGGCGGACCGACGGGAAUUCAUUGACCUAUUAAAGAAGAUGCUGACCAUAGAUGCUGAUAAGAGGAUCACUCCCAUUGAAACCCUGAACCACCCCUUUGUCACAAUGACACACUUGCUUGAUUUUCCCCAUAGCACACAUGUCAAAUCUUGUUUCCAAAACAUGGAGAUUUGCAAGCGCCGGGUGAAUAUGUAUGACACGGUGAACCAGAGCAAAACACCUUUCAUCACACACGUGGCCCCCAGCACAUCUACUAACUUGACCAUGACCUUUAACAACCAGCUGACCACUGUCCACAACCAGGGUCCCACCUCCACCAGUGCCACUCUUUCCUUAGCCAAUCCCGAAGUCUCCAUACUAAACUACCAAUCUACACUCUACCAGCCCUCAGCGGCAUCCAUGGCCGCGGUGGCCCAGAGGAGCAUGCCCCUGCAGACAGGAACAGCCCAGAUUUGUGCCCGGCCAGACCCCUUCCAGCAAGCUCUCAUCGUGUGUCCCCCUGGCUUCCAAGGCCUGCAGGCCUCUCCCUCCAAGCAUGCUGGCUACUCAGUGCGGAUGGAAAAUGCUGUUCCCAUCGUCACUCAAGCUCCAGGAGCUCAGCCUCUUCAGAUCCAACCAGGUCUGCUUGCUCAGCAGGCCUGGCCAGGUGGGGCCCAACAGAUCCUGCUUCCUCCAGCCUGGCAGCAGCUGACUGGCGUGGCCACCCACACAUCGGUGCAGCAUGCAGCUGUGAUCCCUGAGACCAUGGCAGGCACUCAGCAACUGGCUGACUGGAGAAACACACAUGCUCAUGGAAGCCAUUACAAUCCCAUCAUGCAGCAGCCUACACUCUUGACUGGACACGUGACCCUUCCAGCAGCCCAGCCCUUAAAUGUGGGUGUAGCCCAUGUGAUGAGGCAGCAACCAACCAGCACCACCUCCUCCAGGAAGAGUAAGCAGCACCAGUCAUCUGUGAGAAAUGUCUCCACCUGUGAAGUGACCUCUUCCCAGUCGACCAGCUCCCCUCAGCGAUCCAAGCGUGUCAAGGAGAACACUCCCCCACGGUGUGCCAUGGUGCACAGCAGCCCAGCCUGCAGCACCUCAGUCACCUGUGGGUGGGGUGACGCGGCCUCCAGCACCACCCGAGAGCGGCAGCGGCAGACGAUUGUCAUCCCUGACACCCCUAGCCCCACAGUCAGUGUCAUCACCAUCAGCAGUGACACAGAUGAGGAGGAAGAACAGAAACAUGCACCCACCAGCACGGUCUCCAAGCAAAGAAAAAAUGUCAUCAGCUGUGUCACAGUCCACGAUUCUCCCUACUCCGACUCCUCCAGCAACACCAGCCCCUACUCGGUGCAGCAGCGAACAGGGCACAAUGGCACCAACACCUUGGACACUAAGGGGGGUCCAGAGAAUCACUGUACCGGCAACCCCCGCACCAUCAUCGUACCCCCCCUGAAGACCCAGGCCAGCGAAGUGUUGGUAGAAUGUGACAGCCUAGGGCCAGCCGUUAGUACCAGUCACCAUUCAUCCUCCUUCAAGUCCAAGUCCUCCAGCACCGUGACCUCCACCAGUGGCCACUCUUCAGGGAGCUCAUCAGGAGCCAUCGCCUAUCGGCAGCAACGCCCAGGCCCCCAUUUCCAGCAGCAGCAGCCCCUCAAUCUCAGCCAGGCUCAGCAGCACAUGGCUACAGACCGGACUGGGAAUCACCGUCGACAGCAGGCCUACAUCACUCCUACCAUGGCCCAGGCUCCAUACACCUUCCCGCACAACAGCCCCAGCCAUGGCACUGUGCAUCCCCACCUGGCUGCUGCUGCCCACCUUCCUACCCAGCCUCACCUCUACACCUAUACAGCACCUACAGCCCUAGGCUCCACCGGCACCGUAGCCCACCUGGUGGCAUCCCAAGGCUCAGCACGCCACACUGUGCAGCACACUGCCUAUCCGGCCAGCAUCGUCCACCAAGUCCCUGUGAGCAUGGGGCCCCGGGUCCUACCCUCACCCACCAUCCACCCCAGUCAGUAUCCGGCCCAGUUUGCCCACCAGACGUACAUCAGCGCCUCACCAGCCUCCACCGUCUACACUGGAUAUCCACUGAGUCCUGCCAAGGUCAACCAGUACCCUUACAUAUAAACACAGGAGGGGCCCGCAGGGAGCGGGGUGGAGGAGCUCCCAACAGACCCAGGGAGCUGGAUUUUUAUACUGCAGGUGCCGCACACCAACAAUGCAAAUGGGGCAGGACGGGGGGAGGGGGAGGGACACACAGUUGGGACACAGAUGAAACUUGAACUAGGAAGUGGGAGGACUCAGAGCAGAGCAGAGAACAUUUUAGAAGGAUUAGGAGUGGGAAAUCUAUGCUUUUUAUUUUAAAAAAGAAAAAGGAAAAAAAGAAAAAGAAAAAAUGUUAGUAACAAAAGAGGAAAAAAGAAAAAAAAAACAGCUCAAAACCCAUUCUGCACCAAACUGGAAAGGAAAAGAGGAGCUACAGGAAGAUUCUGGAAGCAAGGGGCCCCAGUGUUUGAAGAACUUUAUGAACUUUUUAAAGAUUAUUUUCAUAGGGCAGCAAGUGACACUGAAGAAUUUGCUGUCAGGGACACCUGAUGUGGAAAUCCAAUAGAUUUUUAAUUAAUUGAAUAUGAAAAUUAGGGAUUUUUCCAGAACUCCAAAAGGGUCAACACCCCUUUCAAAUGUCAGGCCAUGGCCUGAGGAGGCUCAUAUUUGGGGGAUGGUCUGGGGUUGGCAAAGCCCAAUUCUGGCUCAUUUGUCAGGAAUAGUGGGGUCAGCCAGACUGAUGGAAAACCCCUCAGGAGAGAGGCGGGUUUCCUCUUUUGGGGCAUUCUGGAUAAAUCUCUCAGCAAUGUUAUUCCUCAGAUGUCAUUAGUAAUGUGUGUUGCAGUCUUUAAUUAUUUUUCUUUUCUGAGAUUUUAUUUUCUCUUUGAAUCAACCCCUAGUCUUGUAGCAUAGGGCUAGUGGUCGUCGUGGACACCCUAGUAGAAUGUAGCACUCUGCGCCCUUGCUUCCUACCUUGUGUUCAACUCCAGUGAUACCAAUAGACUAUUCCUCAAUAUAAUUGCACAAAAAAGUGAUAUAACAUAGGCAUGGAACCAAUGUGGUGGUCUAAGCGAGCGAGUGAGUGUGCAUGAGCACGAGUGGGUGUGAGCGGGGCUGCCACCCUCCCCGUGUGUCCCUUGGCACCGCCGUUACAGCCCUUGCCGUCUUGAUUUUACAUCAUUCCCUCCUAGUGCCUUAACGACCGACAGACAGACAGACAAGGUGAAGGGUUUACUUCCACUGGUACUCCAAGAAACUGGCUGGGCCUGGUCAGAUAUGUUCUCAGCUCUUGUGUUAAGCUGUCAGAGUAUUUUACUUGGGUCUUCUUGUUUUUGUAUCGUUUUAAUGUCAUGUGGAUUGUCUUUCCUGGGCUCUUUGUGAGCAGAGGGUUUCAAAGAAGCUUUCGUAACUAAAUGGGGAGAGUUGUGGAUCUCAAGUGGCAUGUGGGAGCAGGUGGGGCAGCCUGGUGACAGCGGGCUCUUUUGCUGAGUUUUACUCUGAGGGCAGAGGUCUAGAGAGACACCCAGCUCCUCCCACCCCCAGCUCUGCCACACAUGGCUCUAGGGGGUCUUUAGGAAGGUCAGCUCUGCCAGGCAGCUGCCUCACCUCCAAGCCCACCUCCUCCUUCCUGGAGCCAUAUGGGGAAAGGCAGGAGACCUGUUCCCAUUUCUGGUUACCUCCCCAGUCCCUCCAUCCCACAAGAAGCCUGGUUGUCUCUGACAUACCCACAUGUCUCUCCACCAGCUCCAGGGACUGAGAUCGGGCCCCUAGUGUCACCAACUCUCCCCUACAGGCCUCUAUGGCGAGUUUGCUGUUGCUUUUUUCCUGAAGUUAACCUAGGUCUCCCAAAACACUUUGAUCUCUGACCUUGAGAGAUACAGCAGGCAGAGGGGCUGGGGGGGACAUUUGGGGAAACACUCCCAUGGACAAUUAAGCCUCCAAAGAAAUCUGCCCUGUACCCUCUUUGCACCUUUGCUAUGUUCCGGGUGUUUUCUCCAGCUUUGAACAGUGAAGUGGGUAGGAAUUUUCUGUUCCUUUGGGAGCCUCUGAAGCCGUGGAGGUGGGAGACCAGUCAGGUCCAGGAUGGGACACAGUAGCAUGGCAUGGACUGUUUGGUCCAGGUGUAAGUCCUAGCUGGCCCCUAGUCCACAUCUUUGGGUAAAAGGUCUCUGGCCAGCAGUCCAGUCUCCCCAGUCUCCCUCCCUGUCUUCCCUCUGCAGGCCCUGAGCAAUGUACUGUGAAAGGCUUUCCUGGUGAUAACUGCCCUCCUUCAGUAACAAAGCUUACUUAGCUUUUAGCUGUGAAAAACUCUGGAAACUUCCCCACCCAUCGAUUCUUAUAAAGUCCCCAAACUGGAUUUGUCUUAGUGCACCUCGGGCCAAAAGAAGAGAUGUUAGAGCCCAGCAAGGCCAAAGCCAGCUCCAGCCCAGGGCUUGCUGGAAGUUAGACAGCAGGAGAGUCAGUUCAGAUGAGUGGGGAGCAGAGCCUUCGGAGAACCCCGGAGCCAGAGGCUCCUAGAGCCUCACCAGCGUGGAAAUCCAUCUGUCACAGUUUCCAGCAUCCAGAUGGCAGCUGUUUCCCAUGGGACUUUCUCAUUCUGUCACCAGGCAGCUAGUCCUGACUGAAAGUGGGCCUGGGUUUGCCUUGCUGUGUGGCAGCAUCUGGAGGGCCAGCGUGUUCUAGAGCUGGUCUUCUAGGGGUGACUCUGCUCUUCCAGCCCCUCAUGUCUGCUUACAUUGAAGCUCCUCACUCUUCUGCCCAUCAUGCUGUCCCCUUUCUCCUUCCAGAUCAACAAUGAACGUUCCUUGCUGCUCAUAAUUUAGUAUUAUUGUACUGAUUAUUUGUGUUAUUGCCACUGUAAUUAUGAUCAUUAUCACCUUGUUACUAUUUUAGUCAGGGUUUGAAGUAUACAUUUAUUCCAAGUAUCUUUGUGUGUUUUCUUCAUAAUAUUUAAAUUUAUUUUAUUAUAGCUGUGAGUGUAUGAAUAGACUGGAGGGACAUACAGGUGUCCAGUCUUGUCAGAGGAAAAGAAAAAAAAGAGAGAGAGAGAGAAAGGAAAGGCCCAGAAUUAGGAAAAUUGUUUCUGUCAUCUCUGCCACAAAGAGCUACAAGGAAAGCCCACUGCAAAGCAGAGAUUCAGAUGCAUUGGGUCCUUGCCUGCGCUGCCCCGACGGGUACACAGCCACUGUUGGUGUGAUGUCUUCUGGACCCUGUGGCAGCUUCUCCCAUUCUCUGUGCCUGCCUCCAUGUCUGAACUACUGACCAGAUUCUAGCCUGCCACACAUCUGACAUUUAUCGUGAAAAGGCCCCUCUGUCAAAGCUUCCCCUAACCUUUACUUUCCUGUCAACCGAGUUAGAGUGCGGCUUACCUCCCUCAAUGCAGAGACAGUGGUCCCACCCAAAAGUCCUUAGGUGUAGUGAGGGUUUGAGGCAACCAGUGCCUCCUUGUGAGAUAUUUUGGCCUCAUUCUGUCCUUCUGCUCAGUUGCCACCUUACCCAUUUCCCUAGAGUCUGCCUCUUCCCCAGACACCCUCCCAGUACACGAUUCUAGGGAGCCCAGGAAAGGGAUGGGACACAAGAGAGCCCCAGGCAAAGUGCAGCAGCUGCUCAGACCUGCAGGGUCCCUUCCAAAUCGCUGGCAGGUGAAGGGUACAGCAGGACUUGUAGCCACCUCCUUCCCAUUGUGCUCUGGCUGUGCCCUUCAGUGCCUGCAUUGUGGCGAUAGGUGUGUACACACUACCACGGUCGCUCAGAAACAACCAGGCCCCUGUGAAGGAAGGACUGAAGCACUAGCUUCCCCAGACAGACCUGACCUCAAGCCCAUGUACAGAACAGAUAGACACAUCAGGAGUCACACAAGACCCCAGCUAGUGGCAUCCUCACCUCAGUUCCCACUGAGGUGCUCAGCACAUCCAUCUGGGGGGAAAAAAAAAAAAGGAAGGGAAGGAAGGCUUCUGUCCUUAGGACCACACUCUCAAUGGAAGGAGGCCGCUCAGUCCCUGGAGCAUCCCUGGGUGUGCUUUAAUGAGGAAACAUGGCUCAGUAUGAGGAAGGUGAGAAGGAAAAAGGUCUGAGGCACCUCGUGACCGUCUGGGCCUCGGCACCCAGGUCUCUGUGUUCAUGUGUCGGGUGACGUUUUAGGAAAGCAGAUGAGCAGGCCAGUCAGUGGGUGGCAAGGCUGGUGUUGGUGUCAGUUGACCCUGUGAAGUGGAUGUGGUUGAUAUGAUUUGGAGGAGAUGGGGUGGGGGUGGCCCAGUGCCUCCGGACUGUAUGUGAGUUUCUCUCCUUCCUGGUGGCAAGGCUGCGUUCUGCUAUAAGAGCCAGCGUGGCUUUGUUCCCUUUGUCUCUAAGGACUGGAGCUGACUGACCACAGUGUGGAGCAGGUCAGGAAGGGGGGUCAGCGCAGCAGAUAGGGCCUCCCUGGACCAGGGCUCAGGAGUUGUAAACACUCAUUUUUGAACCAUGUGUGGUGGAGGAAUGGGUUGGGUGUUGUAAUGAGUGGAGUUAAUGUCGAAGAGGCUUAAGGAAGUGUAACUGGAGGUUCAUGGUAGUAAGGGUGAUUAGUCCCCACUCUGUCCCUCCCUCCCCAGGUUCUCAGCAGCUGGCUGAGGGCAGGGUAGGAUGUGGGCGUGGCUCUUGCUGGCCUGCCAAGUAGCUGAUAGAACAGAAGACAGAAGAAACAGCUUGAUGCCCUCUGCUAGCAAACAGAGUUCCAUAAGAGGCAAGGUCUCCUUCCGUGGCCAGCCCGAGACCUCACAACCCCCAGCCAGCCAUUGUGCCACAACACAUUCCAGCCCAGGUUCUCACAGGCUCUGCUCUGCUCCUCUUUCCUGUUUUCCCUCUCAUGUGCUUUAUAGAUUUCCCAUGGGGAAGCCUCACAAUUAAGUAGGCCAGAGAUGCCCUUACAAAUUAGAAAGGAAAGUAAAACUGUCCCUUUCUAUAGCCAAAGAACCCUCUCAAAGACACCUCUCGAGAUGGACAAGUGUCCCCGAUCCUUUCUGGGCAAUAGUGACUUCAGUGAUGCAAUCCCAUUUACACUUCCUCUCUAUCCUCUCUCUCUCUCUCUCUCUCUCUCUCUCUCUCUCUCUUUAAUUUCACUGCAUUUAUUUCAAAACCACUCAUCUUUAAGAGGAGUGGAGUAGUGGUCCUAAACGCUGCUAUUCCCAGGGAGCUGAGGCCCCUACCAUGCUCAUUUGUGCUUAACUGAUAUCAUACUACUAUGGGGAGCUAGAGAGCAAGCAAGUAGGCCUUCCCUGGUGACCCACGCUGCAUCUCAGGCUAAGGACGCACAGGACUGGCUUGAGAUAGCAGUAUCUAUCCACUUGCCUAUUCUACAAGCAGUCAGUACUCAGACAAAUCCGUCGAGCCACUAGAGAACCAAAGAUGGCAAAAUGAGGCUUACUUAAUUGCACAAGAAGCCUCACGAACACUUUGGCACUAUGGUUCACUGUAGUGACCAACUGAGGAAAGGCUUCCCCAGUUUUUGGGGUAGUGCAUGAGAGGGUAGCUCCAGGCAGUCUCUUUCCUCCAGCUCAGAGUUUCCAGAAAGGAGAUCCUGGAGGGUCCCUGUCACAGAUGCCCCCCCCAUCCUGUCAGGGUCCCUCAUCUCAGACCCAGACAGGAGGAUAUUAUUCUGAUUGCUUCUUGCUGUACACUAGUAGUGUCCCCUCAUGUAAGGACUCACAGACCCCUCACAGCUACCUACCCCUGGCAAGAAGUCAACAACCCCUAUUUGACAGAUGGAAAAGCUGGCCCUCUGAGAAUGUGGCAUGUGUGAAAGGGAAAAUAUAAUACAAUGCAGAAUCCCCGGGUUCCUAUUCCUAUUUUUUGUUAAGGAGACUUUACUGGUGUGAAAUUGUUUCCCUGUUUCACUAGCUGCCGUGAACAGCCGCUCUCUAAUGAGUCAUUCAAUGACCCUCCUAUUCCCUGUGUGCCAAACACUGUGCUAAGAAUUGCUGGAUGAGCCCCAUGACACCAGCCAUGUCAAUACCUGUACAGAUGGAGCUUAAAGAGCCUGUAACCUGCCCAGGCCACCCAGCCAGUGAGAAGGGAACUGAAGGCUUGACAUUCUAUCUGCUUGGUUCUAUAGGAGCUCACGACACCAGCCUCAGCUGCCUCCCUGUGGAGCAAGCACGGUCUCCCUGUCAGUGGGUCUGUGCAAAGAGGGUUCCUGGAUGGGAUGCAGGUCUAAGAGGGAGAGUUUGACUUUAAGAAAACUCCGGGGAGUUCCUCUAGAUUCCUAGAGAUCCUUUCUGGUUUCUUCCCAGCAACUAGCUUUAGUCAUGCUGGGAACUCUCAUGAGAGUGAAGGGAAAGUGUUCUUUUUUAAAAAAAAUAAAAAUAAAUAAAUGGUUUUUCUUGCUUAUAGUUAAUCCUAGAAAGGCAAUACUAAAAUAUAUUUUUUUUUCCAAAAUGCUAUUUUUUACUGUACUUGAUAAAUACCCUGACAGCUCUGGUCUCUGUACUAGACCCUCUCUUCAGCCCUAGACAGAGCCAGGAGCCAGGUUCACGCCAGAUUUGUAAAUACCAUUUGGGUCUGUGGCCAGGAACUUUUUUUUUCUAUGAAGAAACAAACAAAAACAAAAAAGAAGAAGGUGAGGAGAGGGCGAAGGCAAGUUGGGAAGAGGGACAAAAUCAAACUUUCUUGCAAGAGACACUCUUCUCAAAGAGAUGGACAAACAUAACGGAGUGAAGCAGCCAAGCCAGGAGUGAGAAAGAGGUGCCUCUGGCUGCAGUGAGCUUGGGAGCUCUACAGCCACAGUUCAGUUCACUGAGAGAUGACAAAAAUCUAGAAAUGCUCUAGGACUAGAUUUUAACUUCUUAAAACUCCUAGUGUGCACUCUAAGUUUCUACUCACUUGUUUUGGUUGGGUUUCUUGUUUCUCUUUCUUUUAAAAAUGUCUUUACUAACUGGCUCCAGGCUUGUUUGCCUAAAUUCCUAGGUCGUUUACACAAGUUCUAAAUUCUUCUAGAACUUUAACUCCAUUGGAAGCAAACCGACUAGUGCAGAUCUGAGACCCUGUUUGGUGGCAGUAGGUGUUCUGGGGCUCCAGUAGACCACCUCGAAAUGUUUUCAGAAGGUUUUAGAUAACAUUAUCUUACACAAACUGUGACCUAAUGGCAAUAAUUACCUCAAAUGUGGGCAUUUGUCCUGGUUUUAGCCUUUUUUGAAAUCAUGUAGCCAGCUUGAUCUUGUGAUUUAAAAGACUAUGAAUUCUCUGCGGGCUGAAAGUAAGGAUUAAUGCAUACCCUGGUCACUGUUGCUGAAGUGAAUUCUGAGACUAGCUCAUCAUUACACCAGAAGCGGAACCAAGGAAGAGAUGAUUCUCUGUGUCAUAAUCAAUGUGACUUUCAAGUACACAUGGAGCAGGUUUCUCGCUACAGUAACACGCCCUUUGUUUUCUCCAGUAUCAAGUAAACUACACAGUUGACUGUGGAGAGAUACUCAAGCAUAUUUCUGGCUACAUUUUAUAGAAAGUAUUUUAUAGUUUACAUUUAACCUGGUACUUUUUAAAAGAAACUUGUUUAUAACUGGCAUCUUCAACCAGAGCGAUUGAUUGACUGUUGUGUUAGAAGCUGUGUCUCCCCUAAGCAGGCAUGUUCCACUUACUCUGUUCUGCAGCCUGGUAUGUGCGUUUCCUUUAUUGCUGCUUUUCAGUGAAGCUGAGAGUGUGUGUAGGAAAGUCUAGAGGGAGUGGGAAGGGGGAGUCCCGCGCUGUGCUGUGCUGUGCUGUCUCAAUACUUCUUGUCAAGACCUUCUUGACAGCAUGGAGGGGCAGUGAGAAGUGACUCUGCUUCAUCAGUUUUUGUCUUGAUUUUAAUGCUUCCUGUGUAACUACAUCACUGGCUCUCACAGCUCUGAAGGUAUGCUCACUGUUUCUGGGGCCCCAGUGAAACUUUGGUCCGCAUUUUGAGAGGGAGACCCCUAUGCCAUAGUCACUGGCUGGAUUUUGCACAUAUCACUGUUUUAGCCAUUUUUUUCUCCUUAAAGUAAAUUCCAUGUAAAAUGAUGUGUGUUUGAAUUUACCCAUUGUCCAGCUAAGCUGUGAAAUCCAGUUCAGAGGCUGCUGAGCCAACAGAGCUGGGGGUGGGCAGCAAAGGAUGGCCCAUGGAAACUGGUCCACAGAAAGGGGAGUUACAGUGCCCAAGAUAGCUUCAGAGACAAGUGUGGGCUCCACUGGUAGGCAGGAGAAAACAGGAAUGUCAAUUUCCCUGACAAUUUUAUUGGGUUUGGGUUUUGGGGCGUGGGUGUUUAUUUUUGUUUUGCUGUGUUGCGACUUUAAGACAGGGCCUCACCAUGUAGCCCUGGCUGGUCUGGAACUCACUGUGUGGACUGGGUUUUGUUUUUUCUUGUGCCACUGUGGAGGACCCAUGGUGAUCUAUGGUGUGAUGUGAUCGUUCCUCCAGCACAUACCUUGAGAGCUGCAGCAUGGUGGUACCACAGUGCCAGGGACUGUUCACCUCUGUUUGCUUUGCACCUGUGACUGGUGCUGGCAGCAUGCUCCUGUGAGCUCUGUUAGAAUGAAUGUCCUUGUAAAAUGUUCUUCAUCUCACCCUUCUUAGUCAUACUCCCAGGCUCGUGUGUGUGUGUGUGUGUGUGUGUGUGUGUGUGUGUGUGUGUUGUGUGUGUGCGCCUUUGCACUAAUAAACCAAAUGAAUUUUGUCAUUGUCUUUGGAGCUAACCCACGUUUUUAAAAUUGAGAGGUAUAGAAAUGGGCUUUUUCAUUAUUAUUUGAAAAGUAUAAAUUUACUGUAUCUGAAGAAGAGCUCGCUGUUGCUCUCUUUAGUUUCCUCUCAACCAAUUUCCAAAUGGAUCUCUCCUGCCCCUCCCUGCUUGUGUUGGUUCACUGCUCCCCACACAGUCGCCUCUGCCUGCCUGCGGUCACCACAGAUCCCUGCUCAGCCACUCAGGACUCCCAGGAAGCUCAAGAGCCAGCUAGAAGACUUGGCUUAGCCUUGAGAGCCAUGCUCCUUCCUCCUGGCUCCCUGGGGGCUGUUGGACUGUGGGCUUGCUAUUGUUGUGUCAGUGCUUUAGCUCGGGUUAUGAGGAAGGAUGAAAGUGACUUGACUGUGCCAUCAUCUAGCUUUCUGUGACUCUGAGUGAAAUGAACACACAACACACACACACCACGUGCCCUUCAAAGCAGAGGUCGUGUUCACACUGCCUCCAAGUCUGCUAGCUCCCUGCCCUUCCAUUUUCCCCUCUCUGGUGCGCUGCCCAUUUGAGGCUGGCUUUCUUCUGUAGGUUACCCAGGGCACAAUCGCUUCUAGCACCAAAAGCAUCCUUCACCCGCGUGCGCACGUGCGCGCGCGCGUGUUUGUGUGUGUGUGUGUGUGUGUGUGUGUGUGUGUGUGUGUGUGUGUUUUAACCAAAAGAGAUUGACAAGAAAGGUGUAUGUUGGGGCUGCAGGAUUCCUAGGAUUCCUGGUGUAGUAGAAGCACUGUAUAGAUAGAGAUGUUGAUAUAUAUGUUUGUGUAUAUAUAUAUCAAACCAAAUUUCUGAUAGGAAAAGUAUAGCUUUAUGGUUGAGAAGGAAGAGGAGCCCUUUAGAGGUUGGAGCCAGCCUCGAUCUGUCCAGUGAGCAAGUUCGCCCACAUCCUGGUCCAGCACCUGGCCCUUGCUGUCCACCUCACAUCAGCAGAGCUGGGAGACCUGAGGGCUCUGUUGCUCUGCUGCUCCCCAGCAAAAAAGGCGUGGGAAAGUGAGAGGACACAGAUCAGAAUGACUGGGAUUUUCCUUCCCAUUUUGCUCUGACCCCAUGUAUUGAGCUGCAGCCUGGUAUUAUAUCACAUUUCCAAAAAAAAAAAAAAAAAAAAAAAUGGCAGUGUGAAGAUGGUGAGAGAGAGCUGUAGCAAUGCUUCCCUUUUAGCCACCUGUGAGUUCUGGGUGCUGUGGACAGAAAGACACACUCCCUAGGACAAGAACAGGGAAGAGGGGACCUGGCAGUGCCCACUCCCCAGUCCAAGGAAUGAGGGUCCCUCCCCUCAGGUCAUCUCACCUAGAGAAGUCUCUACCAGGUCAGCUCAGCUCAUCUUAUAACCCCUUGAAAGCCCUGGUCCACCGUGUUCCUUCACUGUACGGUUUCUGUAACAAAGUGUUAAUCCAUGUUAACCUGUGUGGGAGUUAUGGCGUGCAACAGUAUUUUCUCGUGUACCUCUGUCUCCUCUGUGACGUGUCCCUCUUUAUUUAUAAAUGUCUACUUUUUUUUUAAAAGGACAAACCAGUGUGUCGUAGACCUCUCUGUAACCUGUUCCUUAGUCUCACUAUAGCUAUGUUAUAAGGAUGGAUAUUUUACUUGGCUUUAGAAUGUUUUUCAAGAAAACUAAUUCUUAACUGAUGCAGUUGUUGCUACUAAAAUGCUUGUUUUCAUCAUGCUGUCGUGCGCUUCUAAAUUAAUCAUCAUUUUCGUUGUAGAAAAAUGGAGUGAAUUUAUAUUAGUCUUGGAAACUAAUAAUAGCAUUGUAAAUUUAUGAGAUGAUUUUAACAGAAAGAAUUAUAGAAGAAUAUAGUUAUUUUAAUUGUAAUAUUACUAACUGUAGGGUGAGGAAGGGAGUCUGUUGUGGUGAACUCUGUUAUAGCUUGUUACUCAGUUUCUUUUUUGAUCAUUUCUUCAGUCUCUGAGGUGAAGCGAGUUAUUAAUGGAAUCUGUAAACUCACAUAUGCAUAUUGUAUAUGUGUAGAGAUGUGAUCACACUGUCUUGGAAUUACAUUAAACUGUUUGGAAUCACUGUA